AUGCUGAGCGCCUCCGGACAGUCUCAAAAGGCACUCUCGCCUCAACAGUCGGCAUCGAGCGCCAAUACCCUCAAUCCACGUCCGAGUUUCGAGCGCAUAGAGAGCACCGGCGGCCUUCAGCCGCCAUCCGCCUCUGUCAAUGGAUCGAGAAGUCUGGGCGCCUCGGGCGUCAGCUUCGGACCCCGAGGCUCUUCCCUCAACCCCUCCAUCGCCCCUGGGAGCUUUAGUUCUGAGCUGCGCAGCCAGAUGAUGCCAUCUCGCUCUGGCUCCCGAGGCGACAUCUACAGCAUCGAUAAGGUCGACGAGGAAGAUCCCGCCACGGCUGCAGAGCAGACCCUCGCUAUUCUCAAGGAGCAGCUGAAUCGAGAGAUGAAGAUCAAGGACGGAAGUGAGAACAUGCUGGAAGCCUUAAACGCCAAGAAGGCAAAACAAACCAAGGAACAGAGGGCCAAGGUCGAAGCAGAGCUGAAUGCCUCCAACCAGCGCAUCAAGAAUCUACGGCAGAAGAUUACAGAUGCCUCGAGAUUCAAGGCGACUCCAACCACACCCACAAGACAAAGGACAAACGAGCCACUGUUCUCUUCUGCCAACAAUGGCAUGCGCUCACCUCCUAGCGCCUCUCGCAGUGGCGCUGGUUCAGACAAUGAAGAGACGGCUGAGCAGUCACCGACCUUUCUCCUGGCUGAGUUGCUACAAGCCCUUGAGCAAGAGGGCAUGCCGCCAGAGUACUAUGUCAGUCGAGGAAACAGUCUAGUUGAUCUGUUCAGGCGGCAUCCAACUCUCAAGUAUGACCUGGUAUGGUCGGUGUUCGGUCUUCGCAUGCAAGUAAUGCUGCUCAGUGAGGCCAGAGAAGUAGUAGCAGCUGGUUACCGAAUGAUUCGCUAUGCCAUCUCAGAUGUGUCUUCUUUAAAGAAGAUCCGCAGUCUGAAUACUGACAUCAUUGUUGUGACAUCUUUGAUCAAAGACCGAAAAGCAGAUCUGGAGCGUGAACAGGCCUUGAAGUUCGUCCGGGCCUUUUUGGAUGUCAAGGAUGGAGUCAAAGAGCUUUCACGCGCUGUUGUGAGGACUAUAGCCGCUGUUGCAGAGCAGGCUGAAGAUCGUCUACGCUCCAUCUGCUUGGAAACACUUGCUGAGGUUAUGCUUCGUGACCCGGCCCUGGCAGUCGCUUCUGGCGGCCUUUCACCGCUCUCUGAGGCUUUGAUCGAAGGAACAUAUAAAUCGCCUGAAUCUCUUACGGCGUCUUAUAUGCAGAUCUUGGAUAACCCACAAAAGAGAAUCUACUUGCGCUCCGGUUAUGAUCUGGAGGUUCUCUUCACGGCAUUCACAGAUAUUAUCCUCGCAAAUGAGAGCUUACUGAAGCAGAACGCCAAAGCAAUCACCAAGAUCCUGAAGAGUUGGCCUGGGUUGAUGAUGCUGACUAUGCAUGACUCUCGAGCCAUCAAGUCGCUGCUCACUAGCAUGGUGCUUCCACAAGCAACCAUCCGAGAGACAGUAAUCGAUCUCAUUUACCUUCUUCUCCGGAUCAAGUCGCCCUCGUGGGCUUCUUCCUUCCUAGCUGGUCGCCGCCUAACGACAUAUGGACGGGUAGCGAGCCUCAAAUCAGUUCCGAACCAGACGCCCUCGGCCAAUGCUCUGCCCGUGGAGGAAGAUAGUGGAGAGCAAAACUUCAUGGAUCACUACACUGCUCUGCUUCUGGCUACAUUCGUCAAAGCUGGUCUAUUGGAAAACUUGCUCCAAGUUGCCAGGACCAGUGACCCUCAGCUCUCCAGAAAGACGUGUCUCCUGAUUGGCGAGGUGCUGAAGCUGGCAAGCAGGCUCCUCCCCGCGACGUGGAGCAACGACUUACCUCUGCUUCCGGAGCUCUUCGCUGCGGCGACUCAGUUCAAAGACGACAACAGAUUCGUUGCCUCGGGCAUAGUUUAUCAGAUUAGCUCAGUGAGCAAGACGCUGUAUAGGAGCACGCCGUCUAUCGCGACUGCUGGAACUCUCCCCUCCAGCGACAACCUCGCAGACAUGCACCGUAAAAGCAACGCCGGGAUUGUGGUUCAAGAGGGCGCAAUCCGGCAGCUUUUGGUGGAGUCUAAUGUCCUGAAUAGCUCCAACUACUUGAAAUGGAACUGGGAUGUUAUCUCGCGAAUCAUCGAAGGGCCGCUUCAAGAUGGAAAGCGACUAGACGAGGUCAACAGGGUGUCCAAGUUUAUGAACAGGAUCAUGAGCUUCUACCGGCCUUUUAAGCACAGGUUUUCGGAUCUUACAAGCAAUAAGAAUUCUCAAAAGUACGUCAGGGUCGGAUGCACACUGAUGCACACUCUGCUUCAGUCAAAUGAGGGCUUUCAGUACUUGCAAGAUCAUAAGAUGUUACGGCAGAUAGCUGAGUGCCUCGCUCAAUGUGACCCGAGCAGCGGAUUGACAUCCACGGAUCCAAUGUUCUCCCCUGGUCGCUUGCAAAGCACACUUUGCGCAGGAUACUUCCCCAUGCUUGGAGUCCUAAGUGGUGAUCCCAGAGGCUUGGAGCUUCUACAACGCUGGAGAAUGUUCAACAUGAUGUACCACAUUCUCGGGCACAAGCAGCGCCCUGACUUGAUCAAACUACUUCUCUCAAACUUUGACUACAGCAUCCCGGGACACCCACGGGUGCUUAUAGAACAGGCUCUUACGUCUGGAACGAGGGAGAUUCGCAUCACGGCGACGAACGCGCUGCGGAAGUACGCCACUCGACCAUUCGAUGCAUCCCAACCAUCCCACGGCAAGAUCGACUGGAAGUGGGCCAUCGAGAAGCUUUGCGACCAACUAUACGACCCCGAGGUAGAGGUCUGCCGAACCGCAGUUAAGAUCCUCGAGAAGGCAUGCAAUAAGAAAGCAUAUCUGGAGUAUGUUGUCCAGUGUCGUCCGACAAUGGACCACUUGGGAGAGAUCGGUGCUCCUCUCCUACUGCGGUUCCUGUCUUCGUCCAUUGGCUACCACUACCUCGACGGCGUUGACUACAUCAGCAAUGAGAUGGAUGACUGGUUCCUCGGUCGAAACGACUCAUACGUUGGUGUGAUUGAAACCAGCCUGGCCAAAGCAUUCCUAGAGAAUCCAGAAGAGCACCAGAACCGCAUCAACAUGGUGGAAGAAGCUCAAGCAGAUACCGAGCCAGAGAAUCACAUUCCACCGCACUUCUAUCGCGAGCUUGCACGCACUCAGGAGGGAUGCAAGUUACUGAGCGACAAGGGACACUUUGCUGAAUUUGCCAGCACGAUCAAAGAAUACGGCAUGCAGUCGGAAGAUCCCGAGCUCAUGCUAAAGGUCAAGGCCUCCAUGUGGGCUGUCGGCAACGUGGGAUCAAUGGAGCUCGGUGCCCCUUUUAUCGAAUCAUGCGAUGUUAUCGAAGACAUUGUCAAGAUUGCUGAAGAACAUGAGGUGAUGAGUCUGCGUGGCACCGCCUUCUUCGUCCUGGGACUAGUGUCUCGAUCCGCCCACGGUCUUGAGAUCCUGUCAGAAUGUGGAUGGGAUGCAAAUCUUUCACCGCGAGGAGAGUCGAUGGGAUUCUGCAUUCCCAAUAACCUAUCCAAAUUCUUCUCGUUCAAACCCUGGAAGCACGCUAUUGCCUCCAAGAUUGCGUUGCCAGAUACGCAAAAGACCUUUUUGACCCCGCCGCCACCAACAGAAGCGCGUCCGCCUCUAGAGAAGGAAGAGCUGCCGGCCUUCACCAACGAAGAGGCCAUCAACCAACGCAUCCUGGAUCUCGUUGUCGAUCUCGGCAACAUGGUCCUGUACAAGCGGGCAAUGGGUGAACUGAUGCAGAUCAGGCAGCACAAGGUGGCAGGCUUUAGAUGUCCCAAAAUGUUCAGGCGCGUCAUGACGAUGCUUGAAUACAAUCACUACCGCCUGCCUAUUAGACGCAUGGUUCUCGAGAUGUUUGACAAAAACGUCCUCAGAAGAAUUGUCUUUGACGAAGACAGCGAUAGCGGAUCUGACGACGAAGAUGUCGACGAGGAUGAGGAAAACGCAUCUUCGGGUGACGAAAAUCGAACAGAGAGACAGCGUAGUAUCUCAGACCCAUCGGAACUGGAGAAAGAGACAGAGCCUCUGCCCAAGGCAGAGCGUUCGGACAGCAUGAGCUCAUUUGAUACAGACAGCUCAGCUGACUCGACGGAGACAGCGUAA